AUGUCUAGCAAUCAGUGGGCGAGGAGCGGGAUGGAAGAGGGCAGCAGCAAUGUGCGCCUCGGCACUCUCAUCGCUCUCAUGGUGGAGGAAGGGCAGGACUGGAAGCAGAUUGAGAUACCCCCUCCAGAUGCUGGAGCAGUCUCACCUGCAGGCUCUCCCUCAGUAUUGACUUCCUCUGCUCCUUCAACAAGUCUUCCACCAAAACCAAAGUCAGGACCGUUACGUCUAAGUCCAGCAGCCAGACACAUUCUGGAUACUCAUGGUGUUGACCCCAAACUGGCCACACCCACUGGGCCAAGGGGACUUGUUACUAAGGAAGAUGCUUUAAAUCUUUUAAAGAUGUCUCCUGCCUCCAAAGCAGUGCCAGCCAUGGUUGCACCAGCAGACCCAGUUCCUGUCUCGAGAGCUGUCCCCACCUCAGCAGCUCCCCCUCCACCUCCAAGCAGCAGACCCAACAUCCCUCCUCUUUCUGUACCAGGAAAACCUGGAGCACAGGGAACCUUCACAGAGAUCCCAGCCUCCAACGUCCGUCUAGUGAUCGCACAAAGGCUGACCCAAUCCAAGACCACCAUCCCACAUUCGUAUGCUUCUAUUGACUGUGACAUGGCUGCUGUCAUGCAGAUCCGCAAAGAUCUAGGCAAAGAACAAAUCAAAGUAUCUGUUAAUGAUUUCAUAAUCAAGGCAGCAGCUGUUACACUUAAAGAAAUGCCAGAAGUGAAUGUUACCUGGUUUGAUGAUGGGCCCCACGCACUUGAUUCAAUCCACAUCUCAAUUGCCGUGGCGACUGACAAAGGCCUCAUCACUCCCAUCAUCAGGGAUGCUGCGAGCAAAGGCGUGCAGGAAAUCUCAGCCAAUGCAAAGGUCCUGGCCCAGAAGGCUCGAGAUGGGAAACUUCUACCUGAAGAGUACCAGGGAGGCUCAUUCAGUAUAUCUAACCUAGGGAUGUUUGGAAUCAGUGGCUUCAGUGCUGUGAUCAACCCUCCUCAGGCAUGCAUCCUUGCUGUUGGGACUUCUAGGACUGAGCUGCAACUGAAUGAAGAUGACCAGACCCUGCGCACUCAGCAGCUGAUGACUGUUACUUUGUCCAGUGAUGGGCGGCUGGUGGAUGAUGAAUUAGCCUCUCGCUUUCUUGAUAAAUUUCGUGCCAACCUAGAACAACCGCAACGCAUGGCCCUUGCCUAAAUAUGAAAGAUAGCUUCAUGAAGGAAAGUAGAAAGAUAAAGUUAGAUAAAAAUUAAAAAAACACCUAAAUGACAAAGCGUAACAUGUUUUCACAAGGAAAUACCUCUUAAACA